AUGGCACCCCAGGGAAGAGGUAGUGCAAUUGUUGUCUCAAUUCUGCUAUUGGGUAUGCUCCUUCACUGUGGUAACGUUUUGGCAGCAACCUAUACUGUUGGAGAUGCUGGUGGAUGGACCUUCAAUGUUGUGGGUUGGCCUAAUGGAAAGACCUUUAGGGCUGGGGAUGUACUCGUGUUCAACUACAACCCAGCAUUCCACAAUGUGGUUGGUGUAGGUAAAAAUGGUUAUGAUACAUGCACGGCAUCAUCAGGGCAAACAUUUCAAUCUGGAAGUGAUCAGAUCAAGCUUGUGCAAGGAGGAAACUAUUUCAUUUGCGGUUUUCCGGGGCAUUGCGCAAAGAACAUGAAAAUAGCUGUCAACGCAUUGUAA